CGCCUGCGCAUAAGAGUAGCGGCGUUGAGUCAGGCAGUCAGUGGAGAAAACUGCGGUAGCGACCCUCAGACCUCGCCAUGAAGACUCGCUUUAGCACCAUUGACCUCCGCGCGGUACUCGCGGAGCUGAAUGCCAGCUUAAUAGGAAUGAGAGUAAGCAAUGUUUAUGAUGUGGAUAAUAAGACCUAUCUUAUUCGUCUUCAAAAACCAGACUUUAAAGCUACACUUUUACUUGAAUCUGGCAUACGAAUUCACACAACAGAAUUUGAGUGGCCUAAGAAUAUGAUGCCAUCUAGUUUUGCCAUGAAGUGCCGAAAACAUUUGAAGAGUCGGCGAUUGGUCAGUGCAAAACAGCUUGGUGUGGAUAGGAUUGUAGAUUUUCAAUUUGGAAGUGAUGAAGCUGCUUAUCACUUAAUCAUUGAGCUCUAUGAUAGGGGGAACAUUGUUCUUACAGAUUAUGAGUACCUAAUUUUGAAUAUCCUGAGAUUUCGAACUGAUGAGUCAGAUGAUGUUAAAUUUGCUGUUCGUGAACGCUAUCCAGUCUAUCAUGCUAGAGCUGCUGAGCCUUUGCUUACCUUGGAAAGAUUGACUGAAAUAAUAGCCAGUGCACCUAAGGGUGAACUAUUGAAGAGAGUUCUUAAUCCAUUACUUCCCUAUGGACCAGCUCUCAUUGAACACUGUCUUAUAGAAAAUGGAUUAUCUGGAAAUGUCAAAGUGGAUGAAAAAUUUGAAAGUAAAGAUAUUGAAAGAGUACUUGUUUGUCUGCAGCAAGCAGAAGACUAUAUGAAAACAACAUCCAACUUCAGUGGAAAGGGGUACAUCAUUCAGAAAAGAGAAAUAAAACCAAGCUUGGAAGUUGAUAAACCGACUGAAGACAUAUUCACGUAUGAGGAAUUUCAUCCUUUCUUGUUUUCUCAACAUUCACAAUGUCCAUAUAUAGAAUUUGAAUCAUUUGACAAGGCUGUGGAUGAAUUUUAUUCCAAGAUAGAAGGUCAGAAAAUAGAUUUAAAAGCUUUACAACAGGAAAAACAAGCAUUGAAGAAAUUAGAUAACGUCCGAAAGGAUCAUGAAAACCGAUUAGAAGCUCUUCAACAGGCUCAGGAAAUAGACAAACUUAAAGGAGAGCUCAUAGAAAUGAACCUACAAAUAGUUGACAGAGCCAUUCAGGUUGUUCGAAGUGCUUUAGCCAACCAGAUAGAUUGGACGGAAAUCGGGUUAAUUGUGAAAGAAGCCCAAGCUCAAGGAGACCCUGUUGCAAAUGCAAUUAAAGAAUUAAAACUACAAACAAAUCAUGUUACAAUGCUACUAAGAAAUCCAUACUUGUUAUCAGAGGAGGAAGAUGACGAUGUUGAUGGUGACAUCAGUGUUGAAAAAAAUGAAACCGAACCACCAAAAGGAAAAAAGAAAAAACAAAAGAAUAAACAGCUGCAGAAGCCUCAGAAAAAUAGGCCGUUACUUGUUGAUGUUGAUCUCAGCUUGUCAGCAUAUGCCAAUGCCAAAAAAUACUAUGAUCACAAGAGGUAUGCUGCUAAGAAAACACAAAAGACUGUUGAAGCUGCUGAAAAGUUUGAUAGGUUUGAGAAAUUUCUGUGGUUCAUUAGCUCAGAGAACUAUCUAAUUAUAGGUGGACGAGAUCAGCAACAGAAUGAAAUAAUUGUGAAAAGAUACUUGACAACAGGGGACAUUUAUGUACAUGCUGAUCUUCAUGGAGCUACUAGCUGUGUAAUUAAGAAUCCAACAGGAGAACCCAUUCCCCCUCGGACCUUGACUGAAGCGGGCACAAUGGCACUUUGCUACAGUGCUGCUUGGGAUGCACGAGUUAUCACUAGUGCUUGGUGGGUGUACCAUCAUCAGGUGUCUAAAACAGCACCAACUGGAGAAUAUUUGACAACAGGAAGCUUCAUGAUAAGAGGAAAAAAGAAUUUCCUUCCUCCCUCAUAUCUAAUGAUGGGGUUUAGUUUCCUCUUUAAGGUAGAUGAGUCUUCUGCUUGGAGACAUCGGGGUGAACGAAAAGUCAGAGUGCAGGAUGAAGACAUGGAAACACUGGCGAGUUGCACAAGUGAACUCAUAUCGGAAGAAAUGGAUCAACUAGAUGGAGGUGAGAGUAGCAGUGAAGAAGAUAAAGAGGAAUCACACGAAACUCCUGUGGAAAUGGAACUCAUGACUCAGGUUGACCAAGAGGAUGUCACUAUUCAGAGUGGUGGGGAUGAGCUAACUGAUGAACUACUUCAGGAAGAAAGCUCUGAAGAUGAAGGAGAAUCCGAAGAUGUAGUAAAAGAUCAGGAACCUGUUGGUGAAAUGAAGGAUGAAGGGGAAGAGACAUUAAAUUAUCCUGAUACUACCAUUGACUUGUCCCACCUUCAGCCCCAGAGGUCCCUCCAGAAAUUGGCUUCAAAAGAGGAAUCUUCUAAUAUGAGUGACAGUAAAUUACAGAGCCGGAGACAUUUGUCAGCCAAGGAAAGAAGGGAAAUGAAGAAGAAAAAGCUUCCAAGUGACUCAGGGGAUUUAGAAGUGAUCGAGGUAAAGGACAAAGAAAAAGAAAAUACUCUACACAUUGAAACUCAUGCGGACACAAGCAAACGUGCGCCAGCCGUGCAGCCGAUGAAACGAGGCCAGAAGAGUAAAAUGAAAAAAAUGAAGGAAAAGUACAAAGACCAAGAUGAGGAAGAACGUGAACUCAUCAUGAAAUUGCUGGGGUCUGCAGGUUCAAACAAAGAAGAAAAAGGGAAGAAGGGGAAGAAAGGAAAAACAAAGGAUGAACCUGUAAAGAAACAGCCCCAGAAACCUAGAGGUGGACCAAGGGCUUCAGACAGCAUAAAGAAAGAAACUCCCUCCCUUGAGGUUGUAACUCAUGAGUUACAAGACUUGGCCGUAGAUGAUCCACAUGAUGACAAGGAAGAGCAAGAUCUGGAUCAACAGGGUAAUGAGGAAAAUCUCUUUGACUCUUUGACUGGGCAGCCACAUCCUGAAGAUGUAUUACUGUUUGCCAUUCCAAUAUGUGCCCCUUACACCACCAUGACAAACUAUAAAUACAAAGUGAAACUUACUCCUGGAGUUCAGAAAAAGGGAAAAGCGGCAAAAACAGCCUUGAAUAGUUUCAUGCAUUCCAAAGAAGCAACAGCAAGAGAAAAAGACUUGUUUCGCAGUGUAAAGGACACGGAUUUAUCAAGAAACAUUCCUGGCAAAGUCAAAGUGUCUGCACCCAAUCUUCUGAAUGUAAAAAGGAAAUAGCUGAAAUGAAAUCCUAAAAUAUUUGAGAAGAGCCAAUUUUAUAGCCUUUUGGAAGUUCAGAGAUGAAAACACCAUGUAACCAGACUUCCGCAUUUAAAAAAUGAACUAAACAUUGCCUUGCUAUAUUCGCCAAAAGGACUUGUUUUUUUUUCCAGUUUUUUAGAGAGGAAACACUAUGAUAGGACUUCCUAAAAUAUUUGUGACAGUUAAAUGCUAAUUGUAUACAUCUGUAGUUAUUCUACAUUUUCUUAAAAUUUGGGAGGUUAAUACUAAGUUUUCAUUUCAUGUUGUAAAGAAGUCGAACAGUGAAGUGGCUCAGUUGCUUAGACUAUUGACUUGGUAGUCUACCGUAUAUAACAUCUAAUAUAUCUAUUACAGGUCAAUCACAAGGUUUUUUUUUUUGUUUUUUUUUCUGGUGGCAUGGUGAGGGUUGGGGGUGCUCAACAUUUAGGUUUAAGUCUUGAAAACCUUCUGCCUUUACUUGUCAAAAAAUAUAUUAGAUCAGAUUUAAAAUACACAUUAUUCAGCCUAAGAAAUAACACCUAGAAAAAAUUGGUAUUGAUCAUUUCCAUGCAUUUACACAACUUCACUUUUCAUCCUGAUUUCUUCCUUGUUUCUACCAUUUUAUUUUCUACCUUUAGUAAUUAUCAGCAUGUUACAGAGUAUCUUAAAGACCUAUGAUAUCAUAAGUGCACUUUUAGGCUUAUCACUAGACUCCUGACCCAGUUCAUCCUCUUCUAUCUCUUAACAGAACGAGGAGUUUUUUUUAUGAGCUAAAACACUGUUACUUAUUAAAUGAUUAGACGAUAGCUACCUACAGUCAAUAAGGCCACUUGCCCCGCCCCAUACCAGAGCAUUAAUAAGGUCAAAGUACUGAAUAGCUGUUGGUCCUUCCAAAAUUUCUUUAACCAGCUUAGUCCUAUUGAGAAUAUUUUUCCAUUUGAAAUUAAUGUAAAAAAAAAAAAACCUUUGUAAUUAUAUGGCCUAGUGUUGUAAAUACAACAGACUACUCUUGCCAUUAAACCCUAAAAUAUUAAUUUAAAAAAAUAACCACCAUUUUGAUAGUAAUAAUAAUUAGCAUAAUGUUUCUACAUCUACAGCUAUAUAUCCUGAAGUUACUAAAAAGGAAAUAUAAUAACCAUUCCUUGGGGUAAAAAGCCCAAGUAUUAAUGAAGACAGUUACUGGUGUUAAAUACAUUUAUUGUAAACUUUAGACACAAAAAUAGGUUCUCUAGGCCAUUCACAUGCACAUUAAAACCAAAAAGCUGCAAACUACAACAAUGCAUAUAAUUAUACAAAUGACACCACUCUCUGAUGUUUACAGAAUUGCUGUCCAUGCAAGGUGAUCAGAGGCAUUAUCUAUGAAGCCUUAAGAUCCAGAAGUGUUGUUACUACCAAACCUCUGAUUAAUACUGUGAAGUAAGUGUUUCGGAAGGCAGUUCCAUGAGUUGGCUAACAUUUCUUUAAAGCAAAUGACUGCUUCUAAGCUUAGCCUGAAAGUGGACAAGAGAAAAAUAGUUUUGCUUUACUAUUUGGAAGUACAUUAAUUUGAAGACUUAUAAACACUGCCCCCCCCCCAAAAAAAAACACUUUAAAGAUUUUCAUAGGAACUGGUUAGUUCUAUCAUUGAAGGCUUGUUAUUGCCCUUAAGUUAUCUAUAAACCUGGUUUUUCAAGAGCAUUAAUUUAAAAUGAAGUACCUAGUAAAAAGUUACUUACCUUACAAGAGAUUUUGGUUGAACUGAAAAUAUAAGUAUUUCAUUACUGUGUGCCUGAAAAAUAGAUACGAAAAACACAUUCAAAAGUAAGUAUUCCACAGUAAGUUUCAGAAGUAUUAUGAAGUGUCCUUUAACUAGGGUAGUGUACUUACAGCUCUGUGAUGGACAAGGAGGUUAUUGGCGCACCCGCCAAACACAAUUACUUCUCCUUCGUCGCUGGCACAAGCUGUAUGCCAUAAUCUAUAUUUAAAACAGAAGCUUGAAUUUGAAGCUACCCAAACACCAAAUUGACAAUUUAUACUACAGAACAGAAUGAUGAAAUAAAGAGAUCUUUAGUACAGACCAGAAACAUGUUGAGAAGGAAUUUAUCUUAAGUAGCAAACACUAGAAAAAAAUCAAUGUCUGUUUUAUCUGGAUGUUAUCAUUUUAGCUCUCUGGUCCAGUCCUAAUUUAUGCAGUGAGGGGUUUGAACUGAAUGAUCUGUUCUCUAGGUCUUUGUUAGCAAUAAAAACCUUAUGGGAGAUGUGUGGUAUAUGCCCUCUUGAUCUUCUUCUUUUCAUGGCAGGGCCAGUCGACCUGGAUGCUGAAUCUGCCUGAGAUACGCAAAGUAUCAGGCCUGGUAAUUCUAUGGAAAGAAUUUUUGUGCCAUCAAUGAAGGCUUUGUGCAUAAGUGUACUUAAGUUAGAGGCUUGGGGGGAAAAUGCAGGCUGGCCUACUUAAAUGUGAUUUGAAUACCAGUUGUGACUAUAUCAUAUCCUUUAGCAGUUUUUCUGACAGUUCUUUUUGGGGGGAUUUGACUUAGUAUUUGUUCUAUAGAGCUACUGCAAAUCUGAUAGAAAGUUCUUGAUUUUUUUCCCUACAUACAUUCUUCUCUCCUUUCCAGUUACUUUUUUAAAAUGGCAAACCUAGAAGCAGUUGAAUUCACUUGAGAAAAGAGCUUGAUUAUAAAUUUUAACUACAUCAAUUUUAUGAUAAAAGCAGCAGCAAAAGUCAAA